UGAGGAAACUUCCUGAAAUUUGGUUGCACAAAAAAAGAAGAAACAGAAAAGUGAAAAGGGUCAGUUCAGAGUCAACACUGGUAGAGAGAAGAGAGCUGGACGACGAGACACAAAGAGGGCUGUGAUGUCAGCUGUGGACUUCCCGUUUGUUCCGUUCCUGCACGUUUACUGCGCCUUCACAGUGAAAUCUGUUCUGUAGAGGGAGUGACUGACAGUCCCAACAAUCAAAUCAAGAUGUUUGUUCUCAUGUGGUCGACUCUGCUUUUCUCUGUGUGGGGCAGCAAUGCAGACGUAGGUGCAUCAUUGGAAAGAAGAGAGUUCUGUCAAGGUGACUUCUGUAUCACUCUGAUUGAUGGACAAAUAACGGCAGAGGCUGGACUCUGUGUCGUGAUACCGUGUUCUUUUACUAUUAGUUAUAGUUUUUAUCCCGAAAACCUUGUUUGGUUCAAAUGUGAACCUGAUCAAAGAUGUGGUGAUUCAGACGUGAUAUUCAGCAGGAACAGCCGAAAGAUUCAGCCUGGGUUCAAAGGUCGAGUGUCACUGUUGGAGCCUAACCUUUCUCAGAGGAACUGCAGCAUCAUCAUCAACGACCUCACUGCAUCAGACUCUGGAUCGUAUCAGCUCAAAGUUAAUCUUGUCAGGUUUGGUGGGGGACAAGAUAAAUUUCUAUAUCUACAAAGACCAACUGUCUUAGUUAAAGUUCUGACCCAGAAGCCCACGUUGAUGAUUCCUCCUCUGACAGAGGGGCUGCAGAGCACACUGACCUGCACUGCUCCUGGUCUCUGCUCUGGAUCUGCUCCUGAGAUCACCUGGAUGUGGAGAGGAGGAGGAGGAGGAGGAGAGAAUGACUCCCACAUCACAGGAAACAUCACUGAUUUCAGGACUGUUGCACAAAGACACAGCUCAACUUUGAGCUUUACACCCUCUGCUAAGCACCAUGGCACCAACAUCACCUGUAAGGUGGGCUUCACAGAUGGGACAACCGCAGAGGAGACGGUGACUCUCAAUGUGACCUAUGUGAAGGAAGUUGAAAUCACUGGAAAUACGAGUGUGAGGGAAGGUGAGCUGCUUCAACUGACCUGCAGUGUUGAAAGUUUCCCUCCAUCUCUUGUCACAUGGACAAAAAUGUCUACCAAAGACAUUAGAAGUGGCUCAAAACCAGAUGUGCAAAAUGACACUUUAGCUAAUCCAGAGAACACAACUGAAAUCUACCUACAGAGUGGAAAUGGACAGGUGACUUUUUCCAUCACUAAAGUGACCACCAAAGAUUCUGGACAGUACAUCUGCACAGCAAAUCAUUCAAACAUCACCCAGAUGGAAAAAGUUGACAUUGAAGUGAUAUAUAUGAAAACACCUGUGAUCACUGGGAAUACAAAUCUUACUAAAAGUCAAACUCUGAAUCUGACCUGCAGUUUUGAACGUUUUCCUCCGUCCCGUAUCACGUGGUCUUUACCUGGUUCCAACACUUUCCUGCUGAAUGGCACUGGAUCAGCAACACUUGUCAUCCCUAAUGUGAGGGUGGAUAACUUUGGAAGGUACAUCUGUACAGCAAAACACCUGGACACGACUGUCACUGUGUUUACUGAUGUGACUUUGUUUCCAAGCAUCUUUGAAAACGCAGGAUGUGAGUUUCAGUCGGGGCUCUUGACUUGUGUCUGUAUCAGUGAGGGUUUUCCUUUACCCACCAUCAGAUGGCCGCUGUUACGGAGCCGUACUGAGUACUCUGUCAUGACAUCUGUGACAAACCACACUGUCACCAGCACCAUCACACUUAAUGUAGAUGACUACAGCAACACUUUAGCUGAGUGUGUCAGCAGCAAUGAAAAUGGGGAAGCAAAAGAAAACCUCACCAUUGAGAUGACCAUGCCAGGUCAAAAAGAUGGAUCCAGGGUGUUAAAAAUGUUUUCACGGUUGGAGGUUAUCGUUGCCUUUUUGAUUGGUGCACUUCUUUCAGCCAUCUUCUGCUUUUUAGCAACCAAAUGCCACAGAAAAAGACAGAAUAGCUCUGGAAAUCUGGAUAAGACUUUGGAAAUGGUGACCAGUCAGGAGGAUCCACUGAUAGAUGCAGGUCAAGAAGUGGAAGAUGAUCAGACCUACGACCAAGAGGUGAUGGAAGCAGGAGGAGCUGUGGCAGAGGAGAAAGCAGCCCUUGAUCCGGACGGUGGACCAAAUGACGUGGAGUACGCCAGCAUUGAUUUCUCUGUGUUGAAAAGGAACGCUGCAAAAAAGCAAGAGACCACUGAGACAGAAUACGCUGAAAUAAAGAAAGACGUAAAAGAGCAAAGAGAAGAUCAAAGCGGAGAAGAAGGUGAAGUGAUGGGGGACAAAGAGGAAGAGAUGAUGAUAGGGGAGGAUGAGGAGACAAAAAACUGUGCCCCAGAAGAGGAGGGAGAGGAUGUGGCAGUGUACUCCAAUGUGAAGGAUGUAAUGGAUUAGAUUUGAGGACCAUGUUGCAUUUUAAAGUUGCUUGAGGUAAGUUCUCUGGAUCUGAGCUUCAACUGCCAAAUUCAGGCCAUAAGGAACUGUAAUGAUUGACACACUUCAUCAUAUGGACUUUGCAAAUCAAUUCAUUCAUGUAUCACUUAUUUGGAAAUGUUGUACAGUUGAGACGUGCAAGGAGGACAAAAGGGUACUGCCUCUCUUAAAGAGUUCUCAUUUAACACUUAUUGUAGAUGAUGUCAUGUCUUUCUAGGGUUCUUCUGGUCUAUACAAAGCUCUUCUCCAUUUACUCGGAAAAAAUGGACCCUCUUUUUUUACCCUUUGCAGCCAAGUAGUGUCAGUGUUUCAGAGGUUCAUUCAGGGGAUCUUUCAGACCAAUUUGACCAAAAUCUUUUUUAAAAGCCUGUGUAGAAUGGCCAUGCUUUCAAACCAUUUGUAAUAAAUGGAGAACUGCAGAUAGACAAACUAA